AACCGCUCCCCCACCUCGACGAGAAACGGCUACGCCACCCUCCCCUCGGGCAUGGGUGGCAGCCGCCAGUCCAGCCAGAGGCAGCAGCAGCAGCCGCAGCAGCUCGACUCCAUGGGCCAGCAGGCGCCGUCCAUGUACCCCAUGAGGGAUGCCUAUGGGAUCCUCGACACCAUCAGCAGAGCUGCUCCGCCUACCGUCUCGGGCAUGCCUGGCGAGUACAUGACUGGAAACCAGACCGCAUGGAACUACAAUGGUGGCUCGGCCACUGUCAGUGGCCCUGUCCCCGACCUGAGGUCCGCCCGCGCCAUCAACAGAAGGCCAGGAAUUCCAGACUCCGACUCGCCCGCCCAGCCCGCACUGGGCCUCCAGACCCAGCAGCAGGCACAGCCCGGUUACCCCUCGCAGCCCGUGGCCAACCUUCCCUAUGGCCAUAUCGUGAACAAUCUAGAGCAGCUGCGUGCUCAGCAGUCCAUGUACCAGGAUGCCCGCUCCCACCACGACAAGAAGGACGACCUGAUCCCUACCGCCAUCGUGAUCAAGAAUAUCCCCUUCAACGUGCGCAAGGAGGUCCUGCAGGCCAUCAUGAUGGAGAUGAACCUGCCCCAGCCCUAUGCCUUCAACUACCACUUUGACAACGGCGUCUUCAGGGGUCUGGCCUUUGCAAACUUUUCCAGUGCCGAGGAGACCAGACAGGUGAUCGACAGGAUGAACCAGUUGGACGUGCAUGGACGCAAGCUGCGUGUGGAGUACAAAAAGAUGCUGCCCGAGCACGAGCGGGAGCGUAUAGAGCGGGAGAAGAGGCAGAAGCGAGGCCAGCUGGAAGAGCAACACCGUCCUAUCAAUCUGGCGCAUCAGGGCUCCCUUCAGUCCCUCAUCGGCCAGUCCGCCGAGGUGACCCCCUCGCGGACCUCACCAGCCAAGGAGAUGCCUGACCUGAACGACGAGAGAACGCUCGAGAUCUACGUACAGCUUCGGAAGUACAAAGAGGAUCAUACCAUACGCGAAUAUCUUCCCUUUGAGGCAUCGAACACCCCUGAAGAACGCCGUCUGAUCCACGUCCUGGCCCACAAUCUGGGUCUCCACCACGAAUCAUUCGGCAGCAACGAGAACCGGUGCACAAUCGUCUGGAAGGAGGGUAUGGCCCCGCCGGGCCUGGCGAUCAACACGAGCCACACGCCCGUGUCUGCCGUUGAGCAGCUCCAGUACCCUGGCAACAGCAAGAGCCUGGCGCGCGCCGCCACCAUUGACUUUGGCGAGCAACGGACGUCAAGCUCCAACGGAUACGGCACCAUCAGUCGCCAUGGAAACCCCGCCCUCGAGCUUCCCGACGGCAGCCCUGACGGACUGAACAGCGCCUCGAACCUUCGAACCAUUCGGAGCAUGGCGGAGCUCGGACGCCCCGUGAUGCAGGCGAGAACCCCUAGCCCAAGGGACUCGGCCUACCCAACCUCAUCCCUCCGGCUCAACGAGAUGGGUCUGUCAUCGCGGCCCGACCUUUCGGGUGCCUUUCCAGGCAUGACCACGACUCCGACCACUCCUGGCAGCAGUCUCAACCACCGCGCCUCGGACCUUAGUCUGGCUGGUGUCACAAACACGCUGAGCUCGUUGAGCGUGGCUGAAGGACCCUACGAGACGAGCCGUCCCCGGGAGAAUCCUGGCGCUAUCGGCAGCCAGCGACCUGGGGUUAAUGGCCUCAGUGCUCGCAACGCUCCUGAGCGUCAGCCCAGAGGCCCCGAGACCGGCUGGGAGACCUCGGGCGGCUUUGGCGGUCGUCGUGUGAACGGUCACGCACAGAGAGGAAGUGGUUCGUCAAAC